AUGUUCAGACAUAGUAAGGGCGACGUAGGAGAAGUUAUCGUUGUGAGCAGCAAUUAUGUCCCAAAUCAAAGAAAAACAUGGACUGCAAAGGUUCCUAAUGAUCAAUUUGUGGCAACUCAAACCCAAACCAAUAACAGUUCCGAUUCGUCCUUGCUGAAAAGGAACGAAGAAACUAUUAGCUCAACAUCAGGAUUUGAGAAUUUGCUGAAAUCCAAUGCAUGGGAAAGUAUUGUUGAAAAGCCAGACCAUUCAACCGAAGAGGAAUUAUUGAGAAGAGAGAAUGCAACCCUUAAAAGAGAGCUUGAAUCGUACAAACUCAAAUUGUCUUGUCAAAAAGAGGAGAAUUUAGCAUUGUCUGCAUCGCUUUUUUCUAUUCAAGAGGAAGUUAAAAAGAUGAGAUCGAUCAUUAAAAAGAAAGAUAAUGAACUCAAGCAGCAACAGGAGAAGCUGGAAGCUAUCUUGAGUAACAGUGACACAAGGCUAUUUAAGGUUAUGCCAAAAUCACCUCAAGAGUCAAUAAUGAAAAGAGAAGUUGAAUCCUUAAGAAAUCGUCUCAAGAAUACAGAAGAAAAAGUGGAAGGAUUGAAAGCAACAAAAAAGGAACUCGAAAAACAUAUUGAAAUGCUUUCUUCUCAACUCCAAAAUGAAAGAAUAACAAACUCUUAUCUUCAAGAACAAGCAAAGCAAACAAUUACGCAAAUGGCUGAGGAAAGAGACAAAACCGAGACAUUCAAGGAUUAUUAUAAUUAUUACACCCAAAAUAGAGAUAAUUUAGAGCAUGGGGAUUUGGAAGAACAAUUCGAGCAAUUAAUCUUGGCAAAGCAAGAAUUGGAAUCCAAGCUGUUUAAACGAGAAGAACAGCUCUUUGAUCUAACCAUGAAAUAUGAAGCCUUACGAACAGAGCAUGUUUUGAAUUGCACUACAAACAACAAAUAA